GGGGACUCUGAAGCGCCCGCAGCCUGAGCCCAGUCUCUUCCCAGGACCUGGUGGAGCUAGAGGUGGUGCAGCUGCGGGCGGUGAGGAUCCGCGCGCCCAUCACGCGCAUGAGGACGGGCACCCAGAUGCCCGUCUAUGUCACCGGGAUCACCAACAACCAGAGCCCUUUCUCCUUUGCAAACGCCGUGCCAGGCCUGACCUUCCACUGGUCGGUCACCAAGCGCGACAUCCUGGAGCUCCGUGGGCGGCACCACGAGGCGUCCAUUCAGCUGCCCUCGCAGUACAACUUCGCCAUGAGCCUGCUCGGCCGGGCGAAGGGCCGCACGGGGCUGAGGGUGGUGGUCAAGGCCCUGGACCCCUCGGCGGGACAGCUGCACGGCCUUGCCAAGGAGCUCUCGGACGAGAUCCAGGUCCAGGUUUUCGAGAAGCUGCGGCUGCUGAACCCCGAGAUAGAAGCAGAACAAAUAUUAAUGUCCCCCAACUCGUUUAUCAAGCUCCAGACAAACAGGUACGUGUCCCGGCUCCUGUUUGCAGCAGGGCUGGGAGCUGCCCCCCCAUGCCCAUCUGGUUGCCCCGGGGGCCUUCUGGGCACUGGGCCGGGCCUGGGCAGCCGCUGCCCAUCUCUGGCCUCCUCCGGGGCCGCCCGCCUCCCGCAGCCUAGAAACAUCUUUCACUCACGGGGGAAGCUCGGGGUUGAAAAGGGGAACAAGUUCCAACUUGGACUGUUAAAUAUUUCAAAUGACUCAGCAGCGGAGCCCAUGAAUUAACCAGAGCGGCCUCACCUGGGACCAGGUCAAGUGCGCCUCGCAGCCCUGCCCAGACCCGCAAGGACAAAGCUGCCCUGUAAUGAGGUCCCUGGGCGGUGGCCAUGCACAUUAACGUCUGAAAAGUGCAUCUUUAAAGGCUCUGAGCAGACGUGAUUCCCACCUGCCCCUCACAGGGACAGGGACACUUUUCCUAAGGAGCACUUGCGCUUGAGUGGCGGUUACUAAGGGCCCGGGGGCCGAGUUCCAUGUUUUAUGAACGCACACCCAGAGAGUGUUCAGCCCUAAGUAACUCAGUGCCCAGCGCUGUGCUAGGCCCCAGGAAUGCAGGCAGAGGUGGAUGGCAUGAGGUGACAUCGGGUGACAGCAGACAUCCUGCAGGAGCCCACCAAGAAAGGGGCCACACGGCCAAGC